UGUCCUUUUACAAUCCGUCUUUGCCUUUUACCUUCUUUUUUUUUCCUUCUCCUUUUCUCUUUUCAUAAGGAAUUUUCAAUCUCGUUGUCUUCAAUCUAAAAAUUCUGAGUUUUCGCCGUCUCUGUUCAUAAUACAUGUCUGCAUUUACAUUUAUUUAUUUUGUUCUAAAACCUUUUUUAAGUUUUUUAUUGCCUCCUUUUGCUGUGUGACCAUUUUUUACCAAAAAAAAAAGGGAAUAAAAUCUGAUACCCUUUUUUGGGUUGAAUCAAUCUGCUGACCAAAAGGAAAAAAAACUGCUGCAACUUUUGUGUAGGCAUGGCUGUGAUAGAUGAGAUUGGUGUUGAUGUCAGCUCGGACAUUGAAGUCGAUGACAUAAGGUGCGACAACAUAGCAGAAAAGGAUGUCAGUGAUGAGGAGAUUGAGCCAGAAGAAUUGGAGAGACGGAUGUGGAAGGACCGUAUUAAGCUCAAGCGGCUCAAGGAAAGACAGAAACUUGCUGCCCUGAAAGCCGCUGAGAAGCAGAACAAUAAGCAAGUUACAGAUCAGGCUAGGCGGAAGAAGAUGUCGAGAGCUCAGGAUGGAAUUUUGAAGUACAUGUUGAAGCUCAUGGAAGUCUGCAAUGCUCGAGGAUUUGUUUAUGGUAUCAUUCCUGAUAAGGGUAAACCUGUGAGUGGUGCGUCUGAUAACAUAAGAGCUUGGUGGAAAGAGAAGGUAAAGUUUGAUAAGAACGGUCCUGCUGCAAUAGCCAAGUAUGAAGCAGAAUGUCGUGCGAAAGGAGAGGGAGUCGGCAGCCAAAAUGGUAAUGCAGGAAGUGUUUUGCAAGACUUGCAAGAUGCUACACUGGGGUCCCUCUUGUCUUCUUUGAUGCAACAUUGUGAUCCACCUCAGCGGAAGUACCCGCUGGAGAAAGGCGUCUCACCACCGUGGUGGCCGACAGGGAAUGAGGAAUGGUGGUCUAAAACGGGACUACCCAAGGGUCAGAAUCCGCCAUACAAGAAGCCACAUGAUUUGAAGAAGAUGUGGAAAGUUGGCGUUCUAACUGCUGUUAUAAAGCAUAUGUCGCCUGAUAUUGCGAAGAUCAGGAGAUUAGUCCGCCAGUCAAAGUGUUUGCAGGACAAGAUGACUGCUAAGGAGAGCUCGAUCUGGUUGGCUGUUUUAAGCAGAGAGGAAUCGAUCCUCCAGCAACCAGGCAGUGAGAAUGGAUCAUCUAGCAUAGAGCCACCUGCUAGAAGCCGCAGUGAAAAGAAGAAACCUUCCUUUAGCAGUGACAAUGUAUAUGAUGUCGAUGGUGUUGAUGAUGGUAUUGGCUGUGUUUCAUCUAAAGAUGAGAGGAGAAAUCAGCCAUUGGAUGUUCAUCCUCUAAAUUCCAUUCCUCAAUCUCACCAAAGUAAGGAGCAAGGAGAUGGACGGCAUAGAAGAAGAAAACGUGCUAGGUCAAAUCCUACUGAGCAACAGAUCCUACCAUCUUUGAGACAUGGUGAUGACGAUAGUAACUCAUUACCUGAUACAAACAGUUCGGGAAGCGUAAGGGAAAAUGACAAGAGCGGAGCACAAAAGCCUGUAGAGAACAACAUUGUGACUCAAUCAGAGUUACCAUUACUAGACUCGAACCUUUCAUUGGUUCCAUCAGCUAAUGUAGUCUUUACAGAGGAUGCAUAUAUAGGCACUGGGCCAUCUCUUUAUCCGAUGUCUCAAAACUCUCCAGUUGUCCCUUAUGAAUCAGGAGCGCAUCUUGGAAGUCAAGACUCUGCUGUCCAGCAUCAAUUUCAUGACACUCAGUUCCAUGGUCACCAUAAAAUUCCAGGAAUAAACGAUGUACCACAAAAUUCCCAUUUGCAUUAUGGAUCUCACAGUUCUGUCGUACAUACCCAACUGCAGGUUUCUGGAUUUGCUCAUGGAUCUCAAUUUUCUAACUUAAAUCAACCUCCUCUGUAUCACUCUUAUUCUUCAGCUGAAUUUGGAUCCACACAUGAGAAACCGCAGUCCCACUUGGCGUGCAAUGAACUUCCGAUUAGGCCAAGGGAUUCUGGAGUUGGUUCAUUGCUUCACGGAAGCGGAAAUAAUAUCACUGUAGGCAAUCAUCAUUAUGGAAAAGACAUGUCUCAGAAUAACCAUGAUAGACAUAUUGAGAUUCCUUUUCCAUCGCCACUUACUAUUGGUUCACCGGAUUAUGCUACACUUGGCAGCCCAUUUGAUUUGGGGCUUGAUGUCCAAAGUUAUUUAGACAAUACUGAUUUUGAUUUAGAUUUUGACAAAGAAAUGAUGUCAUUUUUUGCCUCAUAGACAACUACAAGGGGAACAGACUAUAUUUAGAAUGUGCGUGAUAAAGGUGGAACCUGUUUCAAAGUGGAACAAGUCAUUCUCUCAUUAAAUCAGAAGCUUGACUGUAAGUACUGGACUUAGUUUUCUUAUACAGAAGUCAAAUGUAAAUUCAUUGACAGCAAUCUCAAUUUUUUUUGGUCUAUUUUGGCCUAUCUUUACUUUGUUGGAGAAAAGUGGUAAGGGGCAAGAAAGAGUUCUUAUUGUCUUCUUUAUACUCAUAUUGUUGUCAUCAUUCUUUUAUCUUUUGAUUUUCUUUUACCAUAAUCAUUGUAAUUUUCACAUUCAUUCUAAGCUAACCUUUAUACAUUUGUAGUC